AUGAAUAGUGAGAGUAGAUAUAAUGUAGGAGGAGGAGGUGGAGGAGGUGUAAGAGGUCAACCUACACCAUCAUCAUCAUCAUAUCAUCCUCCAACUUCAACUAGUACUACUUCAACAACAACAACAACUAAUCAUAAUGGUGGAUCAUCUGCAUAUAAACAACAACAACAACAACAACCAGUACACCAUCAAUACCAAUAUCACACUGAAACACCUGUAAAAUCAACAUCAACAUCAACAACAUCAACAUCGGUCGGCGGAGGGGAUCCCUUUAAAACACCAAAAGUUAAGAAACAAGAAAGUAAUAGAUUAUUUGCAUUUGAACAACAACCACCAAUACCUACACAAAAGGAUAAACAAAAACAACAGAUUGAAGAACUAUUGAAAAAGAAUCAAGAGCUAGAGGAACGAGUGACAAAGCAAUCACAAGAGAUUACAAGUCUCGACAAUGUUAGAAAGGAACAAUUACAAGAUCUUGCAGAUCUACAAUCUUCAUGUCACAAACUAGACAGUUCAAACAAACAAUUACACCAAAUCAUAGAUACUCAACAUCAAAUGAUUCAAAAUUUAACUCAUGAUAUUAAUUUAUCAAAUAAAAAAGUUGAACAACAACAAAAUCAAAUUGAUGAUUAUAUAGAACAAAUGAGUAAUACUGGAAAGACAGAUUAUGAAACAUUAAUUAGAUAUGCAGAGUUGGAAAAAGAAUUGGUUCAAUUAAAAUCAAAUGAUGAUAGAAAUCAAUUAUUAGAUGCAAAUAAUACAAUUAAAAUUUUGGAAAAAGAAAAUAUGGAAUAUAAACAAGGAAUUAUUGAUUAUCGAGCUGAAUUGGAGAAAUUAAAUCAAUUGAUUAUAUCACAACAAAAUCCAACCAACAAUCAACAAGCACAAUACGAUCAAUUAUUAAAUGAUAAUAGAGAAUUGGAAAAUCAAUUGAAUUUAUUUCAAGAAUCAAAUGAUAAACUUGGUAAUGAAUUGAAUGAAAAGAAUGAAUUAAUUAAAGAAUGUGUAUCAACUCUAUCAAAAUAUGAAUCUGAUAAUAAUAUAUUACAUAAUAAUAAUUAUCAUCUUGAACAACAAUUACAACAAUUACAACAACAACAAAGAGGACAAGGACAAGGACAAGGACAGGGACAGGGACAAGGACAAAAUGGAAUAGGAGGAGAAUUUGGAGUUGCAAGUGUAUUUGAUGAUACCUAUCUACCAAAUGGUAGUUACUUGACAGCAUUUGCACAAGAGUCAAACGCCAUUUCAAACGAAUUGAAUGAUAUUAAAAGAUUAAUCAAAAAGAUUGAUGGUGGUUUACAUUUAUAUCAACAACAAGGUCAAGGUGGACAAGGUCAAGGAUUUGGAUCUUCAAGAGUAGGUGGUGGAGGAGGAGUUGGGGCUGGAUUUAGGUCAACUUCCGGAGUAGGAGGAGUAGGAGUAGGAUCUCAAUUUAACCCAUCAACAACAACAACAGCUACAACCAAUACACUAUUGCAAUCAACCAAAUUAAAUAUACCUUUUGAUGAAAAUGCAUUGAUCAAUAACUUGCAAAUCAUUAAAGAAGAUGCACAGAAUAUCAAACGAAUACUUACUUCUCAAUGCACCAAUUAUUCAGGGAAGAAUUGUGCAGUCCAAUAA